AUGUCAGUAGCAGGUAAAAUAUAUAGUUGGGCAGAAUUGUCCAAACAUAAUACAGAUACUGAUUGUUGGGUAGCUGUCAAUGGAAAAGUUUAUGAUAUCACAAAUUGGAUAAAUAAACAUCCAGGUGGAAGAGAUGUAUUAUUGUAUGCAGCAGGUAGAGAUGUAACCAAUCUAUUUGAAUCAUAUCAUCCAUUUACAGAAAAGCCAGCACAGAUUAUUGAAAAGUAUCAGGUUGGUGUGCUAUCGAGCACCGAGUUUCCAAAAUAUGUUAGCAAGAGCAAGUUUUAUGAUACGUUGCGAGAACGCGUUGGAAGCUAUUUCAAGCAGACUGGACAAGAUCCACAGGGUUCAAUUGGAUUGUACACUAGAAUGUUUUCGGUCAAUGUGGCAUUUAUCAUUUGUUAUCUAGUGUCGUUGUACACUACCACCAACUUUAUGUUGUGUGUUGUGAUGGCAUUGAUCACAGGGUUUAGUCAGGCUUUGAUGGCUAUGCAUACAUUGCACGACGCAUCUCAUUCGGCUGUCGGACACAACCCGUUGAUGUGGAAGAUCUAUCUAGGAUGGUUUGAGUUUUUGACAGGGUCAAGUUACUAUGCCUGGAUUCACCAACAUGUCCUCGGUCACCACCUCUACACCAAUGUGCGUGGUGCCGAUCCAGACGUUGGCGAUGGUGAGAUUGAUUUCCGUAUCAUUACACCCUACCAGACACGUAUGUGGUAUCACAAGUACCAACACAUCUACGCACCCAUCCUCUACGGUCUCUACGCCAUCAAGGUGCGUCUACAAGAUUGGGAAACCAUGUUUAAACGUAUUAAUGGCAAUAUCCGUGUGUCGGCGCCACAAAGAUUCGACUUUGCCGCGUGGGGACUCGGUAAAUUCUCGUACCUCUUUUUCCGUAUCUAUCUCCCCCUCCACUACCACAGUGUCGCCAGUCUGGCCGUUUACAUUGUGUUGUGCGAGUUGGUCACUGGAUGGUACCUCACGUUCAACUUCCAAGUCAGCCAUAUUGCCGAAGACCUCAAGUUCAAGGCCACCCCGUCCAAGAAUGAGGAGCAAAUCGUUGUCGAUGAGGAUUGGGCCGUCUGGCAGGUACUCACCACCCAAGACUAUUCUCACGGGUCGCUGUUGGCCACCUUUUUAUCGGGUGCCCUCAAUUACCAGGUAGUUCACCAUCUCUUCCCCUCUGUCUCACAAGACCAUCUUGCUCAACUUGUUCCCAUCGUCAAACAAGUCUGUCAAGAGUACAACAUCAAAUACACUAUCCUUCCCAGUUUCUACGAUGCCUUUGUAUCUCACAUCUCUUACAUUUAUCGUAUGGGUAAUGAUCCAGAUUAUGUUAAACAACCAAUUCAUAAUAAUAAGAAAUCAAAUUAA